UUGCUCGUCCUUCUGGCUCUGUCUCCGGUCCUCGGUCAGGCCUCUUCCGCGCAGGGCACCCACGAGGAACAGCAGGCUCCCGCACCGCCGGUCCUUCCUACUCCCGAGCGCCUCGCCCGCGUGCUCUCCCUCGAGGACGCGCGAUCCUUCGGCGACGGAUGGCUCCGUGACCGGGUUUACGACCCCGACCCCGAGGUCAGGCGCCGGGCGGUGCUGGCCCUCGGACGUAUCGGCCGCCCGGACGCCGUCGAACCCCUGGUCGCCGCCCUCACCGCCGACGCAGCGGGCGCCGUUCGCUCCACCGCGGCUUUCGCACUGGGCAUCGUCGAAGACCCGUUACCGGAGGAGGCGGUCUCGGCGCUGGAGGCGGCGCUGCUGGACGCCUCCGGACGAGUUCGCGAAAAGGCGAUCGAAGCGCUCGGCCGGCGUGGCGGAGAACGGGCCGGCGAAAUCGUUACCGGCCACCUUGCCGAGCUGGUGGAGACCUCCGGCUACUCCGACCGGCGCGAGGACAUGGAGGCGUUCCGCCGGCGCACCUCCUGGGACGAAGCCAGACUUGGACUCUUCGCGCUGGCCCGAAUCCGGGACGACGGGGGAGACCCCGGUGACACUGCCGCAAUCCUCGGUCGCGACGGAUCGCCACGGACGCUCUGGUGGCCUUCUGCCUGGACCGCGGCCCGUCUCCGGGAUCCCGCUCUCGUGUCGCUGCAUCGCGCCUACGCCGGCUCACCGGACCCGGUCAUCCGGGCACUCGGCGUUCGCGGCCUCGGCUCGACGGGGCUGGCAGUGGCCGACGACCUCACCCCUGAGCUCAGCCACCCGAGCGAUACGGUAAGGAUCGAAGCGAUGCGCGCCAUCCGCGCGCUGGCGGAGGCCGACUUGCCGGUAGGGCCCACGACCGCGGCGAGGCUGUUUUCGGCGCUCGACGACGCGGUUCCGGCAAUCCGGCGCGAGGCCCUCGUGGGGCUGGCCAAUGUGCGCCACCCGGAAGUAAUGGAUGCCCUGAUCCAGCGGCUGCAAUCUCCCGAUCCAGAGGUGCGCGCCGGCGCCCUCCGAGCCAUUUACCCGCAGGACGAGGAGGGGUUCUUCCUGCUGCUCUCGGGGUGGUCGGAUCGCGACCCCGUCGGGAAAAUCGCCAUGGCCCGGCGGCUCCUUGAGAUUCGGGAUGCGCGCAUCCGCAAUUUCCUGCUGCGGAACCUGCUCACCGAUGAAGAUCCCAGCGUGCGUGCGGUCGCGCUCGCCGGGCUCGGCGAACUCGAGGAAGCCCUGAGGAGUGCCGGAGAGGGCAGCCCCGAUGUGGUCGCGACCCUCGCCCGGCACCUGCAAGCCGAGGAUCCCUACGAGCGUGCCGCGGCGGCGUCCGCCCUGGGGCGCCUCGAGACCGGGGGCGGGAGGCUCCGGGAGGCAUAUGCGGCCGACACCGCGGCAAUCCCCGACUUCCGGCUGGCCGCCCUGCGUGCGGGACUGGCCCAGGGGUCGGAAAACGACCGGAUCGAGUUUGCCAGACAAGCCCUGGCCGACCCGGCCUGGCCGGUCCGCCGCGAUGCUCAUGAGUUCCUCCGGCGCUCCGGCGAAGCGCCGGAAGAACCAGCCGCGGCCGAAACUCUCGACUCCGCCGACUACCGGGCCAUGCUGCAGGCCCCCUUCAGCCCGUUGGCGUGGAUCGAGACCGCACGCGGGGAGAUCGAGAUCGAACUUUUCAUCGGCGAUGCUCCCCGGACGGUCUCCAACUUCAUUCGUCUCGCUCGCGAAGGCUUCUACGACGGGCUGCGCUUUCACCGGGUGGUACCGAACUUCGUCCUGCAGGCAGGGGACCCGCGGGGCGACUCCUCCGGAGGUCCCGGCUACACGAUCCGUUGCGAGAUCGGCGAAGGCUUCUACAUGCGGGGAAGCGUCGGCAUGGCUCUGGACGGCAAGGACACCGGCGGCAGUCAGUUCUUCAUCACCCUGCUUCCCCAGCCGCACCUCAACGGCCGUUACACGCUGUUCGGGCACGUCCGGGACGGAUUCGCGGUUCUCGAUCAGAUCGAGCCGGGAGACCGGAUCCGGCGCAUUCGCAUCUGGGACGGCAUUACCCCGCCCCACUAG